CUGGGAGCUACGAAGCUGGCUGAGGAAGAAGCUGGAGGCUGGUUGGGAGAUAAAGGGAAGCGUCCCCUUAGCCCGCGCUCCCUCCUCAGCCACGGGCUACUGGAGCGCGCCGCGGAGGACGCCGGGGCCGCUCAGACCCGCGCUGAGGAGGCGCAGCCUGCGGCGGGGACCGACCGACAACAUCUGAGGCCUGUCUCCCACGCCACCUCGACCGCCGCCAUGUCCUCCACCUCCUCUUCCCCGAAGGAGGAGACGUACGAGGAGGACCGUGAGUUCGAGAGCCAGGCCAAGCGCCUCAAGACCGAGGAGGGAGAGAUCGUCUACUCGGCGGAGGAAAGCGAGAACCGCCGCCAGGAAGCGACGCCUCAGGCGGGUAGCGAUAGCGACAGUGGCGGCGGCGGCGAAGGCGACGGAGGCGAAGGAGGCAGCGGCGAUGGCGAAGAAGGCGACGGUGGAGAAGAAGGUGACGGCGAUGACGGCGAUGAAGGCGGUAGCGGCGGCGACGAAGGCGGCAGCGGCGGCCCCCGGAGCAUGCCCCAAUCCAUGGAGGGAGGUGGAAGUCAUCAUAAAGUUUCUGUUUCCCCUGUUGUUCAUGUUCGAGGGCUCUGUGAAUCUGUUGUGGAAGCAGACCUUGUGGAGGCGCUGGAGAAAUUUGGAACAAUAUGCUAUGUGAUGAUGAUGCCAUUUAAACGACAGGCUCUAGUGGAGUUUGAAAAUAUAGAUAGUGCCAAAGAAUGUGUGACAUUUGCUGCAGAUGAGCCUGUGUACAUUGCUGGCCAACAGGCUUUCUUCAACUAUUCUACAAGUAAAAGAAUCACACGGCCAGGAAAUACUGAUGAUCCAUCAGGGGGCAACAAAGUUCUCUUGCUCUCUAUUCAGAAUCCUCUUUAUCCAAUUACGGUGGAUGUUUUAUAUACCGUAUGCAACCCUGUUGGAAAAGUACAAAGAAUUGUUAUAUUCAAGAGAAAUGGGAUACAAGCAAUGGUUGAGUUUGAGUCAGUCCUUUGUGCCCAGAAAGCUAAAGCAGCACUCAAUGGAGCUGAUAUAUAUGCUGGAUGUUGCACACUAAAAAUUGAAUAUGCAAGGCCAACUCGUCUAAAUGUUAUUAGGAAUGACAAUGACAGUUGGGACUACACUAAACCUUAUUUGGGAAGACGAGAUAGAGGAAAGGGUCGCCAGAGACAAGCCAUUCUGGGAGAUCACCCUUCUUCGUUUAGACAUGAUGGCUAUGGAUCACAUGGUCCAUUAUUGCCUUUACCAAGUCGUUAUAGAAUGGGCUCUAGAGAUACACCUGAACUUGUUGCAUAUCCAUUACCACAAGCUUCUUCCUCUUACAUGCAUGGGGGAAGUCCCUCGGGUUCUGUUGUAAUGGUUAGUGGAUUACAUCAGCUCAAAAUGAAUUGUUCAAGAGUCUUCAACCUAUUCUGCUUGUAUGGAAAUAUUGAAAAGGUAAAAUUUAUGAAGACCAUUCCUGGCACAGCACUUGUAGAAAUGGGUGAUGAAUAUGCUGUAGAAAGAGCUGUCACACAUCUUAAUAAUGUCAAACUCUUUGGGAAAAGACUUAAUGUUUGUGUAUCUAAACAACAUUCAGUUGUUCCAAGUCAAAUAUUUGAGCUGGAGGAUGGUACAAGUAGCUACAAAGAUUUUGCAAUGAGUAAAAAUAAUCGCUUUACAAGUGCUGGCCAAGCAUCUAAGAAUAUAAUACAACCACCCUCAUGUGUGUUGCAUUAUUAUAAUGUUCCCCUGUGUGUCACAGAAGAGACCUUCACAAAGUUGUGUAAUGACCAUGAAGUUCUUCCAUUUAUCAAAUAUAAGGUGUUUGAUGCGAAAGCUUCUGCCAAAACACUUUCUGGGCUGUUGGAGUGGAAAUGCAAAACGGAUGCAGUGGAAGCUCUUACUGCACUCAAUCACUACCAGAUACGAGUCCCAAAUGGUUCCAACCCCUAUACAUUGAAGCUUUGCUUUUCUACAUCAUCCCAUUUAUAAGAGAAGAGCAUGUUAGAAUUUGUUCAUCUUUAUUACAAUUUUAAAGCUAAACGUCAUUAAAAAUAAUCUGAAAUGGUUGAUCUAAUGCUGCCUUGCUUACUAUAAGAUCCUCUUCUGUAAUAAACAUAUUUUGCCUCAAGUAAAUUUGUUGUUAACUUAAAUAUUGUUUUCACCUUUAGAAUAUCACAAUGUAGACUGCCCACGGCUUUGUUGUAGAUUUAUACAAACGUAUGAUUUCUAACAUUGCAGUUUUUUUUUCCCCAUGGUAAGGUAUAAUUGCAUUCUUAGUGCUAAUUAUCUGCAAAUGUUUUUCCAUUGUUUGAAAUUAAUGCAGGUGAAAGUAUUGCAUUUUAAUACAGAAUUCCUACAAUAGAUGAUUGAAUGUUAUAGUUACUCAUUGAACAUAAUUUGUAUUUAUUAUUUUAGUCAAAUUUGAGAAUGACAUUGCAUUUGUUGGCUUUCAAGAACUACAGAUUUAGCUGAUUUCAAUUUCUAACAGGCUUAAUAGACAUGUAUGGUAUGCACUCAAACUCAAAUUGGUGUGUUUAUCUUUUAAACAGUCAUCAUCCAUUUGUGUUGACAUGCUUUUGUUCCUAGUUCCAGUUUGAAGGUUUUAUAAAGUUACAGUAAUAAUGUGUUUAUCUUCAUCAUUUUGCAUGUGACCUAAUCUUAAAAGUACAUGUAAUAUUUGACAUUGAUAUUUUAAUACUAUAGAAGUUGAAAUGAAUGAUUCCUCUUCUAUAUAAUAAUCUGGGUUCCAUAGAUGGGUUUCAGAGAACUUGUCAGCCUUCCCAAAAUUGUGAAGAAUUUGGGAUAUUUGCAUUUUUAUUUCUUAAUCUUUGAUCCAUCAUAAUAUAUGUAUUUUUCUAUAUGGUGUAAGAUUUAAGAAUUUUAUUUUUGAUCAAAACAGCUAUUUGUCUCAACACCAUUUAUUAAACAUUCUCCCUCUGGA